CCGCAACCACCAUGUCUUCAGAGAAGAUUCUUCACGAAGACAAUGGGUCUUCUUCAGGGUCCCUGAGGUCUGACGACAGUGACAGCAAUCCGGACAGUGCCUCAGACUCCCUGAACAGCCUCUACAAAACCAAUGACAAUACUUGUGCCGAAAACUGCAUUGAAGAAACCAAAUGCGAAGUGAACAAGAAAAGGGGAACGUGUUGCAGUCCCGUGGUCCAAUGCGUGUGGGGAGUCCUGCUGAUACUACUCUCGAUAGGCAGUUUUAUAUUCACGCCUCUAGACUUUAUGUUACUAGAGAAACUGAAUAUGAGGCCUGGCAUGCCUCCCUACGAAUGGUGGUCAGAUCCACCUGAUGAGGUCAAGUUGAGGACCUACGUCUUCAACGUGACAAACCACGAGAGGUUCCUUCUGGGACUUGAUCAGAAGCUGAACGUGGAGGAGAUUGGACCUAUAGUUUAUUUAGAAAAACUCCUCCACUCGAACGUUCGUUUCAACGAGAACAGCACGAUGACGUACACUGCGAAGAGGUUCCCCAUAUACCUGCCGGACCUCAACAAUAUAGACCUUAAUGCUACCAUCAUAGUGCCUAAUGUCGGCGUUUUGGGCAUAUUCUCCUACCUCCACAACGCCAAUUACUUCGUGAAGACGGUCCUCAGGUCUCUAGUCAGCAUGUACAAUCCGGAGCCAUUCGUCCAAGUCUCCAUAUAUGAUUAUCUUUGGAACUUCACCGAUCCAGUUCUGGAAAUGUCCAGGAGUUUGGUGCCUGGUCUGGUGCCAGUUAGCAAUACUGGAAUGUUGGCUAGGGUAUACGCAGACUUCACGGACGAAAUGACGGUGAAGAUUGGACCCCAGUGGGGUCACAAGGAAUUCUUCCAAAUAGAUCGGUUCAGGGGACAACCGCAAAUUCCUGGAUUUGAUCCUGAUGUAUGUCCAGAUCGGAUAUUUGGCUCGACUGAGGGUGUCAUGUACGCGCAGCGACUGACCAAGCAGGAUGUUUUACAAUAUUGGCGGAAGACUGUUUGCAAGCUUAUGCCUUUGUAUUUUGAUAGCGAGCUGACAAUGUUCAACGUGCCUCUGUACCGCUACAAUCUAUCAGAAAACGCAUUCGAUCGAGUUACGAAUGGCACAGACUGUUACGAUACUGUGCCUAGCCUUCACCCAGGCCUUAGUGAUACAUCGAAAUGUUAUUUCGAUUUUCCAAUGGUGGCCUCAUUCCCGCAUUUUUACACUGGUGGCAUACCAAAAGACAAGUUCGUGACGGGCCUCAAGCCGGACAGAUACAAGCACAACUCAUUUGUUAUUUUGGAACCGUACACUGGUACGCCCUUCGAAGCAGUAGCGAGGAUGCAGAGCAAUCUACUGGUCCACGAUCUUACAGGAUUUCAGGAGAAGUUCGCCAACGUAUCCAAUUCCGUGAUACCGCUAUUUUGGGCUGAAUACCACCAAGAGGGCCUGCCAUCGAAAAUAAGAAAAACUGUAUAUUUCUCAAUAGUUAUUCUACCGCCAUUAUCAAUAAUUAUUUCAACUACCAUGCUCUUAAUUGGCAUAUACUUACUCACUAAACUCAUUUAUUCAAACAAUUUAGAGAAUGAUAGUCUAAAAUCAAUACUUAUAUUUAAAAGUAAAAAUAAUAUUGCAAAUAAAAAUAAAAUGCUGGCUUUCGAAAAAGAAACGUUUUUGAAAACCAGUUAGAUUAAUUUUUACAAUCGAUUGAUUAUUCGAUUGUAUGUAUAUCGUAGUCGAUAUUUUUAUAGAACGAAAAAUUGCUAUGAGUAAAUGCAAAAGCUUGCAGUGUUUAGAUAAAUUUAGAUAUGAGUUACUUCAUAAGCAAAGAUUAGUUAUUAAAUAAUUAUAAAAUAUACUGGGCAGACUGUCAAUGAAAGCAAUAAAUUCGUUCUUUAUAAAUAUUGACUCGAAAAUUAUUUAAUAAGUUUUAUAUUAAAUAAAAGGGAAAUGGUAAACAAUGUAAAUAAAGACUGAAUAUCAUAUAUUUCAUGACAUGGCCAAAGCACACACGAAAUUUUAAUGAAAUUGAUUUUAAUUUUAAAAAUAAUGUUUAACUUUUCCUUCUUUUUAUCUACCUCAGUGUUACAGUAGAAAAAAAUUUACCUACCUAAAGUAACAAUUUCGACUCUUAUUUUGUUUAUUUUUCUUUUUGUAAUUAAUAUGUAAGUACUUAUUCUUGAUUUAUUUUAAAUACUUAUUAUUUUGUAAGUCUCUUAGCCGAAACUCUUAUUUUUUAAUCUAUUGAAUACAUUAUGAAGGUGUAAGCGUAUAUUUUAAAAAUAUAUUCGGGGUUAGUUUGUAGCUGUGAUUGUUCCUAAUUUAAAAUAGUUGCAACAAUUUGCUCACUGUUAGCUUUAAGAUAAUUAUAGUAAACAGUAAAUAAAGACAUUUUAUA